CAUUAGCGGCUAGCGAAGUAAGGUUAAACACACACAUACACUAGCUGACUGGGGCGUCAGACAGCAGGUUGACUUCUUUGGCUGGACCUACUGACAAGGGAGUCCCAGGAAACCAUGAGAGCCCCUGUGUCGACGGUGGUGGUGGUGGCGGCGGGGGUGGUGGUGGUGGCCGCUGCUGGCAUUGUAGGGUAUUAUUUCUAUGGCCGGAAGAAGAAGCCUUUGGUCACCCUGCUCGACCCCACAGUCAAAUACCAGCUCAGGCUCAUCGACAAGGAGGUGCUCAGCCAUGAUACUCGCAAGUUUCGCUUCGCCCUCCCCAGCGAGGAGCACAUCCUGGGCCUGCCCGUAGGGAAGCAUGUGUACCUGUCUGCGCGUAUCGAUGGCAACCUGGUGGUGCGCCCGUACACACCCGUGUCCAGCGACGACGACCACGGAUUUGUGGACUUGGUGGUGAAGAUCUACUUCCGGAAUGUGCACCCCAAGUUCCCCGAGGGGGGCAAGAUGUCUCAGCACCUGGAGGGACUGCGUGUGGGAGACGUCGUCGACUUCAGAGGGCCGGGGGGGCUGCUGGAGUACCAGAGCACCGGUACAUUUGCGGUCCAGCCAGAUAAGAAGUCUCCCCCGGAGACCAAGUCUGCGUCCACGCUGGGGCUCAUCGCCGGGGGAACAGGUAUCACUCCUAUGCUGCAGCUGGUGAGGGCCAUCAUUAAGGACCCCAGCGACCGGACCAUAUGCCAUCUGCUGUUUGCCAACCAGACUGAGAAGGACAUUCUGCUUCGAGAUGAGCUGGAGGAGAUUCAAGCCAGACACCCAGACCGCUUCAAGCUAUGGUUCACCGUGGACCGUGCUCCCGAAGGCUGGGAGUACAGUCAGGGCUUCAUCAGCGCAGACAUGAUCCAGGAGCACCUGCCCCCCCCCAGUGACGACUGCAUGAUGCUGAUGUGCGGCCCCCCCCCCAUGAUCCAGUUCGCCUGCAACCCCAACCUGGACAAGCUGGGCUACCGACAGAGCCAACGCUUCGCCUACUAGCCGCUGCAGCCCCGCCCCCUUUAGCCCAGCCAAUCACCACACCCGCUAACUCCUGCCUGUCCAAUCAGAGAAUAACUCUUAAAAGUGUUAAUUAAGUCAGCCUGUGUGAUUAUUGUGUGUGAUUGACUUGAAAAUCGUAUGUGAUCUUUACCUUUACGGAGUGUCCUUCUGGCGCCCCCCUCAGGGCCUGAUCUGAACUGCACCCCAAAGAGCUAGAGAGAGAGAGAGAUGUAGUGACAGGGAAAGAGGGAGAGAGAGAGAGAUGUAGUGAGGGGGAAAGAGGGAGUGAGGGAAAGAGAGGGAGAAAGGAGAAUGAGAUGGUGAGGGAGAAGGGUUAGCUUUAGCUUGGCUAAUGUGUGUAAUGCACUAGAGAGAGAAAUGGAGAGAGCUGUAGCGGCAGGUGUGUGUGUGUGUGUGUGUGUGUGUGGACUGUAGACGUGCUGACGUGGUGUGUGUGGACAUGUGUGUGUGUAGCUGUAUCUGUCUCUGACUGCUCUUCCUCUGACUCUGUGUGUGUGUGUGUGUGUGUGUGUGUGUGUGUGUGUCUGCUCUUCCUCUGACAAUCCUGAUCAGAUGCCUUACGCGCUUGGCAUCACAAGCGUGAUGUCUGGCCUUCGUGUUUGUACGGUCAACCCAGUUAUUAUUUUGAUGUCAAUGUGCACGGGGAAAUCUUUUUUAUAUGCAUGUAAUGAGUUGUUUGAUAUGUUUUCUUAUUGUUUUUGCUAAAGUUGUAUCUUUGAGCUGCAGUGCACUACUACUACUGCCAAGCUAUGUGCUGGUCCCAAUGCUCGAUCUCACUGUGGACGCUUGGGGAGAAUAAACAUGAACAGUGUCAUAUCAGAAA